AUGCAUUCUCUAGCCUCAGUCACCCAGACAUCCUCUGGGGUGGUCUCCUCAUCCUUUGUAUCUGCAAUUGAUGUCACCUCUUCUCUGGCAAUGUCAGAACAUUUCCAGAAUUCUUCUAUAUUUGGAACUGCAAAUUCUUUGCCUCUCUCUCUUCCUGUGGUGAGCAAUGCAGCUUCCCUAACAGGAAGUGCAUGUAACUUCUCCAGAGUCUCUGCUCCAGCUGUCAGUUCAGCAUGGCUAUUGCCUUCAAACUCGGGCACCUCCUUCCAGCCACUCAUGGGCAGUGCCUACCUUUAUCAACAUUCUAGCACAGCCAUGUUGUCUGGGGUUUCUAGCCAACACCAGAUCCCCAUGACACCUGCCUCCUAUCCAAGUAUUUUUGAGUGGGAUAAUAUGGGAGGUGCUGAAAAGAAGUCAUCUUCACUGAGAGACUUUACUCUGACUGUCAUUGAUCAGGACACAGCAGCUCCUUCCAUGUCUAUGACAUCCCAAUAUGAUACACCUUCAGAUGCCAAUGCCAUGGUCUCUGAGUAUCCCUCACUGACAGCCAGGCUUGUCCAGGUGACAGCAUCUCAGAUUCCAAAUCAGCCACAUACCCUGUCACUUCCCUACCAAGAAGGAAGCCAGGUCAACUACAAUGAUCAAAACACUCUGGGGCCUCUGCUUUCUGGAGAUCUUGGCCCCUACCUGCAAUCCUAUGGCUCUGUGUCAUAUGCAGGGAAUAGGGCCGCUGUCCCUCAACCGGAAAUGGUGAUGGUGCUGAAGGAGGUUCAGCCAACAAAUGUCCUACCAUCAGUCUCUACACCUGGCAUCUACUACUCUGUGUCCACUCAACCUAUUACAGAAACAAAUUUUCAAGUGAUGGAAACUUCCCUAGGGAUGGAAGCUUCUGUGGGAUUGCAACCUCCAAGUCAGACAUUUUGUCUGCCACAACCUCCAGAAUUCCCCAACUCCUGCAGUAGCAGAAGUAUCCAAAACCUCCAAAUACUUGAGAGUAACCCACCAACUGAUCUUGGGGACAUUUCAGUAAUAACUCCAGGCCAGAGCUCUUCUAAUUUCUUGGCAUUGCCUCCAACUCAAAGCAACGAACAAACAGACAGUAACAGUUUGGAUGAGAUUAAAGCCAUGCUUUCAAACCCUCUGGAUGCCUACAUGUUUGCAGUAGAAAACCAGGAUCCUCCACUACUCCCUUUAGAAAUCUCUGAUAUCCACCAGCUCCUGGCCUCCAUUGGUCCUCUGGAUCAAGAGGAGAUGCCUCAUUCUGAAAAUAUCAAUCUGGGAAAGAGUAGCCUGAGUCUUGAGGACCAAGGCACAUUUGCAAAUGGGACUGAAUGUAGCAGUGGUUUUGCAGACUUCACUGAACUGGUGGAGGAUAUUCACCUUCCCGAGAUUUUCAGUUCCUUCAAAGACCUUGACUAUUCUGGAAGUCCUCAAAUCAUAAAACCCAGUGAUACCAGAGACAUCAUGGUGAAUCAGGAGCAGGUAAACUCAAGUGACAUAAAGGGCCCUGCUGAUCCAGGUAUGAACAACAAACAUAAAGCCUCAGAGCCUCCUGAUGGGACUCCUAAGGCCAAAAUGCAGCCAAAGCACCCACAGUGCCCAUUAGAGGGAGAAGUUGCUUGUAGUGAUGCAGACAGUCUCAGGGCUCCUGUGAACACAGCCAAGCAUUCUAACAGCAAAGCUAAGAAAGCUGCACCCAGCAGGAACAGCAAAGCUAAGGUUCAUGGGCAGGAAAAGCCCAAAAGGAGCAGAGAAAACAUCUCCAAGAAAGCUGAGGAUUGUAAGCCGGCAGGCAACAAGGUCAAGACAGAAGAGAAGCCAAUGGUUCCUAAGGCAAAGCGCAAGAGAAAUCAACCUGACCUUAGCCAAGAGACCUUUAAAAAGCCUCGAAGUUAUCUAGGCAUGCACAUGCUGGAGUCGGUGCAGGUUUUUCAUGCACUGGGGAAGAAGAAUGAUAAGAACCCUGGGCUCUCUUCCUCCCGGGCCCUGGGAAACUCAAGCAGUAACAAAGAUCCCUGUCCUUGUCCAGUUAGGAAACCCUGGCUGCAGGUUAAAGGUCCUGAGAAAACUCAAGUGAGAGCCCAGAAACCAGAUAUCAGCGCUGACAAAGAGUGUCCAUCUCCAUCCCAGUAUGAGCUUCCCCCUCCUGGGAAGGUUAAAUUGGUGCCUUUGCCUUUUCUGUCCCCAGAGAAACCUCAACCUCGACCUGUGUAUCGCAGGCCACAGUCUCUGGCCUCACGUAGACCCACUGUGGCUUACCCAGCCCAGCCUGCUUCUACCAGCUCAGCUCAACCCAGGGCAGUCAACCAAUGCCGACCAGCUCCUGCAAACGCAUCUUUGAUGCAUCCUGCCAAGCCAGCUCAGCCAGCUGUAUCCCACUCAAUCCAUUCAGGCUUCACCACGUCUACCCAGCCUAGUGUCCCUCAGUCUGCUGCCUCUAGGCCUGCAGCCUACACAACAUCAUCUUGCACUUCUGUCCAGCGGGGCCCUGUUUCCACCCUUGUGAACAAGCUCCAGUCCCAACCGCCCAAGCCUCAAAACCGAUAUCUGCUCCAAGACUUUGCCUUACAACCAAUUCCAUGGAGGAAACCCAAUGUUCCUGAGCCAGUAAUGUCAACUCCCAUCACGGAAGAGCAGAGGCCAGAGCGGGAAGCCAUGAAGAAGAAGGCUCAACAAGAGCGUGAGAAUGCUGCCAAAUACACUUCUUUGGGAAGAGUGCAGUUUUUCAUUGAGAGAGAAAGAGAGAUGGAAAUUGCUCACUACUAUGGCUAUACAAUAUAA